GUCUCUGUCUUCAGUUGAGUUCGAGCUCGGCGAGCGGCCGCUCUGCUCCGCUCUAUGCUAGAGAUAUCUGUCGCGACGCGCUACUUGGCUGCCCGGUUGUCGGUUAGUUCGCCAGUUUUGUAUCUGCGUUUCUUCGUGUUUCUAAUACGUCAAAAUAUUGCAAGAGAACUACGCAUAGGUACAAUCAUAGUCGCGAAUAUCGUAUUAUUAAUUGUUAUGGUAAAACCAAGGAACACAGAGUAAAAUUUUCCUUCCUGUAGGAUAGUAUUUUAGCACAAGGGGUGAUAAUGAUAACCAACGACCAGUAAGGAUGUGCAUAAGAAUGGUAGGGGCUAAGAAGUUUCUAGUUACAGAGUUAUAAAUCAAAAUCGUCUUUUCCUUUUGCUAAUCAAAUGUAAAAUGAUCGAUUUUCAGUCGCAGUGAAGUAAAGGAUCUUUUGAACGUUCGACACGAUUGAAUUGUGAAAUUAUUAAUGAGGUUAUCAGGUUACAAAUAUUUUGUUAGGGAAUGACGAUCCAGUGUUAUGAUCAAGGGAUUCUAUUCAUGUAUUAUUUAAAAAAAUUUUAUUAGCUGUGUCAAAAUAAUCUAAUGUAAUAUCAGGACAUAAAAUUAAUUUGAUCAAUUAUAACCAAAAAAUUGACAAUAUUUAUUACUACGCAAAACAUCGUCUAGUCCUUUAGGGCUGUUUCCACAAAAUUUAUUCUACGAUUAUUUAAAUCAAGCAGCAACUGAAUUACAGUCACGCGAUUCGUGUGUUGAAAACGUCUUCGGAGUCACAUAAAUCUAGAACUAUAAGAAAGGGAGAGCGACUAUGAAUGUGCUAUGCGCAGGUUUGAUAUCGGUGAAAAACUGGAUUCUCGUGAAGAUGGUGUAAAUCGUGCGGAAUUAUCGGCAAUCCAAGAAUCUCUUGGAAACAAUCGGUGAAUCGGUGCUCGUGUGAUACUCGUGAACGCGGUGGUUAUUGGUGCUUGGUGGUUGUACAGUUGGGAGUCGGUCGUCCGGUGGCACCUGGGUCUCGUCUACAUCGGGUUCCUCCUCAUGCUGGGCGUGUUGAAGCGGCGCUGGAAGCCAUCGAAACGGGCUUCCAGCGGCCGCGGACCUGAUUCUCUUUUGAACUCGGACCUGGGUCUUGAUAAGCUACGCCCUGCUUCAUCCCCCAGACAAAUUCACCCCCUGUACGGUGAGAAAGCAGGGCUUCUAGGAUAUUGCGACACAGUCGGUAACGCAGAGAGCUUUCCACCAGCCCCUAACAUCGUGGUGGAGGGCGGAAGAAUAGAGUUCGUGCGCCCCUCGCAAGAUGGCACCACAACACAUCGCCGAAAUACCAUGUCCCGAGCUUCGCAAACUUUCACCGACCAAACCGAAAAAUCGGAUCCUGCUAAGGAAAGUUUGGAGGAACGUGUGCAGCAGCUUGAACAAACUUUGCAAGCGGAACGUGUGGCCGCACAACGAGAUCGUGCGACCAUUACCAAACUCCAGCGUCAGAUUAAUAAGAGGGAGGCAAGCCAGCGAGAUGUGGAACGAGAACGGCGACAACGAAUGGAGGCCGAAGCGCGAGUACACGAGGCCACGGCCGAGGCUGAACGAGCGCGAACAAGGGUCCAUCAUCUACAGAAAGAAUUGGCCAGGAUGGAGGAGUCCUCGCGGGGUCUGUUGCAGCACAAACAAAGGGCGGAACAGUUGAAGCAGGAAAAAGCUGCGCUCACCCUUUCCUACGAGGCUCGAGUGCACCAGUACCAGGCGCAAAUUACGAAGCUGCAGCUGGAAGGCGAGUCGAUGCGCGGCCAGCUGCGAGGAUUGGAAGCUGCAUGUGCUGGAGAAGUACACGCAGCCCUUGUCGCUCGAUUGGCAGUCCUGGAGACGGAACACGCGGCACUCGCCCGCGACGCCGACGCUCAGCGUCGACAGUACGAACGGUGUUUGGACGACGUCGCCAACCAGGGUCUCAGGGAAGAAAUUGGUGCUCUUCAGAGGCGCAUUCGUGAGCUGGAGGCACAAAAUCGAGCUUUGUCGGGUUUAUUAGCUCAGGCUACUAGUCCCGGAAGUCCUACUGAUCUGAUACAAGGAAUCCUUGAAGCUGGACCCGCCGCCUUGGUUGCUGCACUCAGUCUGGACCCUUCCUGGGUACCACUUUCCAGACCACGUUCGCUCAAUCUUCAAAUACCUGUAAUGGCCACUACAAAGUGUCGUCGUAACAGACCUUUAGGUCAAAAGCCUUCAGAGGAGGAGGGUAGCGAGAGUCCCGAGAGUGGUAAUCGGGAUGAAGGGUACUCGACAAUGUCAAGCGACGUACAAGGAGAGGGUGCUCGACAAGGCGAGCCGCCACGAGGACUUGAAGAUCUGAAGGAGGCAACAGACGAAACGGAAGCCGAUAUUUCCCCAGAUGCAAGAUUGGUCGCGCUUGAUGCCGCCGAUCCGGACGUUCUUUUCUUUCCAUUGAAUCUGACUGUUGGGAUCAAUCCAAGACACAGCUAUCCACCAACCAAAGAUCUCCUUCCAUAUCAGCACGUGAUGCGCAGCUUCUCUGACAGUCAUCUUUGCCUCAAACUCACAACCGCAGCUAACGGGACGCCUUACAAUAUUGCCAGCCCAAUUGGAUCAUCUUCACUAUUAUUAGUUGAUGAAGAAGGUUGGGAUGCUGAAUAUGUUCAACAAUGGCUAAGGCUAGACGAUACUAGGAGUGCUCAACAACAUCGAGACCUACUCGAAUUGGAAUAUGACAGAGCGGAACUCGAAGAUUGGAGCUUUUCCUUGUCGACGGAGGACCUAGUGCAAAAUGAUCACUCCACGUGGAAGGAACCACCUACGACUCCUGCACUUCCUGCUAUCAAAGAACAUAAUCCUCUUGAACUGGAAGAAGAUGCUAAUGAAUGUCUGUGGAACGGUGCAAGUUACCUAGCAGACAGGACCGGUGGUGAACUGGUUGCUCUUCUUAUGGAUGCGAGAACAGCGGGGCCGUGGCCCUAUGCCUCUAGUCCCGGCGCUUCUUGGAGCAGCGAAGAAGGCGCUUUGGAAAAUUCAAGUAAAAGGUCCUCCGCCGCUCUUUCAGGAUGCAGCGACGAUCCUGACUCACCCUCCGUAGGCACGGAUUUUACCCGUGACUUUUACCGACUCGUCAAAUUUGAAAGUACCAAAAGUUUAGCAAGCACCUCCUCGAGGGGCGGAAAACCAACGGGAGAUAGGGAACAAGCACUGCAAAGUGUCUUAUCAUUUAUCGCCGAGCAACAAAUGUAUCUCGCUGAAUUACCAAACAAUUCUCCGGAUCACAUUGCGGAACCUCUUUCUACCGAAGUUCUAGAGGCAAGCGGGAAUAAGAAUGAACAUCUGAUGGAGAUACUUAACACUGAGACUGGGGAGAACAUAAACAUUCAGGAUCAAGAACAUAUGGAAAAUACCCGACCACUUAAUUCCAACGAGGAAAUACUCGAUCAAAUUUCUGUUCCGCCAUUGGCGCCGGAAGAGCGACUAGUAAGUGCAGUUAUAUGCAACGAGGGUGUCUCCUACACAACUGUUGCACCUUCGGAAUUAGGAGCGGUACCUGAAGAAGACGAGGAAGCGGCAACAUCUUCGACACCCAGUACAGUCGUAAGCCCCGCAAGGGCGCCACUACUGAUCGAGGGACGCGAUCGAUCAUUGAGCUUCCAUGAACGUGCAACUUCCAAAGACGUCAUUGACGAACUUAAUCGAAUGAUUAGAAAAGGAGAAGACAAUCCCGUCGCUCAAGAUACUCAGAUGGUGCUUGAGAAACUUGAUCUUGCUUGUUGCUGUCCAACUGGUUGGGUUCACGUUGAACGCGAUAUCGACUUUACGGAUCCAAAGGCAAGAGCCAACCUUUUAGACGUAAUGCUAGCAAGUAGCGAAAGUUCCUCGGCAACUUCUAGCAGCGGUUCCGCAGGCAGCGACUCUGGUGAUGAACCACCGGAUUAUCGGCGUUUGCACAGGUUGCAUCGGUACCGUCGUCAAAAGAAAGCCUCGGCAGCGCAGGCCCAUCGGGUUCUACGAUUGCCAUCUUCUUGGGGAGCUUCGACUCGGCCGUCCAUCAUCGGCAGGGACGAUUUCUUCGUUCGUUAUGGAGACAAGGAGCGAGAGGCCGUAGCUUCCUUCGAUUUCCUUGACGAGAUCACACUUUCUUCGUCCAUUACGCCAUCCUCUGCUGAGUCCGAGGAGUUGACUGCAAGUUUUAUCGACCUUGAUGACAUCCCCACGUCGAAUGCCAACAGGAACCUCAUGAAAAUCUCGCCACUCUAGACGAACGACGAUGACGUCACUGGAUAAUACUGAUAGUAUUUAAUGGUGUUGCGGUCUGAUAACUCUUUAUGCGAUUCGAGCAGGAUCAUCCUCGCUGAAUUCUGCUGGUGCGGAAAAUCGUCCAGAGUAUUAUUUUAUGUACUGAUUGUAUAUAUAAUAUACAUAUAUAUAUAUAUAUAAGGACGAUGUGGUGGGAUUUUUGACAGGGACGCGAAAAAUUGUAAAAUAAGAACUUCAGCCUGGGGAUUGGCGUUCGGCCACUUUUAUUUAAUGCUAAUUGGAUUUGUAAAUUUGGACUUGAAAUUUAUUUGCUGAUUAUGACUUGUAGAAUCUUUUAUAUGUAUAAUCUGUCUGCGAAGUACUUAUUCUUCUAUUUUCAUUGUACUAUCAAGCUUGAUUUACGCAACAAUGAUUCAGUUAUUUUGAUUUAAUGUCAAACUUGUUAUAUCGUUUUCAAUUGUCCCGACACAAUGGAAUGUAAAUAUUGAAAAGAUUAAGCAUUUCGUUUAAUCGUAUAUUCUGAAAUGCUAUUUUAUAGGAAUGCGGAUGACUUUUCUUAUAUUUUUCCUCGUAAAUUUGCAGUCUUAACGCGUUCAACUUUUGAAUGUGUUUUGUAAGUCGUAGCUAAAGAUUUUAUCAAACGAAAGACUAAUGAAAAUACCUAAUCGGAGUAAAUUAUAUUAGUAGGACUGAUAAGUAUAAUGAAACUAAAAAUUGUAUCUAAUAUUUACAAUGUAAAUUUUCACGACUAUUAUACAGUCAUUCGAUCGUCGUCAUCAGUAUCCCCGUUAAAGUGAAAACAAUAACUCUAAAAAUGUGGUGCGUUAAUGUAGACCACUCUAUAAUAAAAAGUGAUCCUAUGUACAUUUACAGCACUAUGCAGAGAUAAAAUUUAAAACAAUCUUACGUUUAUCAAUGUAUUAUUUUAAUCUCGUAAAAGCCUUGGACAAACAAACACCAAAAGUGUAUAAAAGAUACGCCGGCUAAAUGAUCAUAGAAGAUACUUUGCUAAAUGAAACGUAAGAAAAUUCAAUAGAAUUCUAUUCGCUUCAAUGGAAUUCUAUUUCGAUUUCUUCGCGCUGGUAAUAUUGCAUUGUAUCACAAUAACAACACAGUACUAAUUAUACGACAUCCAACAAUAGAGAACCCGACGAAUUUCCAAAAUUGAGCUUAGAAAAUCUAGAUUAAGUCAACUCGUCGACUUUUAUAUGAAUCAAGGCUGCUGUUCAGUUAAAUUUAUGUGUGCGCACCUGCACGGAACGAUGACAUGAGAAGCCAGGAAAUUUUUACAACCAUUUUGCUCUCUUCUGUUUUUUUUAACUAAUUUGAUACAUUUUUUAUUUAAUGACCUGCCUUACACAACAAGAAAACCAGACCAUCUAGAUUUAAAAUUUAUUAGAAUCUUGUCUUCAAGAAUAACAACUGAAACCUGUCAAAUUCUCAUGACAGCCGCCAUUAAGUCUGCUUCAUAUUCCUACAUUUUUCUUUGAAUUAGAAUAUUCGUUACACUUAAAGGCAAACGACUCGUCUUAUACAAAGAAUCAAAAAUGAGAAGAAUUAGUGCAAUCGCAGGGGAUGAAUGGCUGUAAAGAUUUUCCUGCUUCUGAAGUAAUCACCUCUGUGCGCGUGCGCACGCGUAGAAUGGCUGGAAAGCAGCUGUAAGAAUCGUUAUAUUUUUCGUCCAUCGUGUCACGAUCAUCAAUCGUCAUUUAAGAGUUCCUAAGGAGAAGCUUUUUCUUCUUUUGUACUAAUAAAAUCAUGGAAUUACGAAUGAACGAUAAUAGAUAUGAAUUAUAAGCUUCUCUUCGUAGGGACUCGUAAACCUGUAUAUUUUGCUUCCAAAAUUAUGUAUAAUAAUAUCGAACUUCAAUGGAUGCGCCAGCUUGCGAAUGCGAGAGGGAGUAAUGGAGAAAGCACAAGGGUGAACGAAAGUAAGAGUAGACAUGUACUCGCUAGUAAGAUUUAUAAAGUGGUAAAGAAUGAAAAGCUAUAGAGAAACGUUAGUUAUGAGAAUACGCACUGGACGCGUGGGGUAUAUGUCUGUAUUACGUAUUACGUUUCGACGAAAAUCUUAGAAUAAUAUCAUUAGACGUAAAACGUUUGUUAAGAUAACGAGUCGAUAGAAUCAAAAUAUUUUACAUGUAUACAUAUUAGGGAAUAUUUUGAAUAUUCAAAAUGAUAUUGUGUCAGUGGCGGGAUAAUGUCCCGUUACUGAUGCACUUUGUUGUUGUUGCAACAAUUAAACAACAAUGACAACCGCUCUAUGACGAUUGUGACUGUCUUAUUGGAAAUAACGGUCCAGCGAAACAGUUUCUCUUGUGAACACUGUGACGCAAUUCAAUCAUGUAAAUUAUGCUUUGUUUUGUAAAUGACCAAAUGAAUAAUUUUUCUAUUGCGUUAUUAGAAAAUAAAAUAUCGAUCGUAUCCGUACAUGGCAUAAACAUUUUGUGAACGUUGAGUGUCUCAUGAACGUCGUACAAAGGACGUACUAUGGAUAUUGCGCUGUGUAUGGAUAUACUAUAUCAAGAACCAACCGUAUAUCUUAACAAUUCCUCGGAUUACGUAUAAAUUUAAUUUAAUAACUAAACAAAAAAGGAAUUUCAUACAGUUAAAUAGAUAAUGAGAUUCGUUUACUCUUUAAUUGAAUAAAUUGGUUUGUCGACUGUACUAAACGCUACUGUCGUGCCGAGUGAUGUUAGAUUAUUGAGUAAAUUUUCAAAGAGCGUUUUCAAAUUGAAUAAAAAAAAAAUUAUUUCCAAUGUCUCGCUGCGUUCUCAUAACCAACCGAAUAUUAAACGAACUUAUUGUUCUAAGCAAAAAUCGUACCUAUUAAAUCGACUUGAGCAUUGUACAUAGUAUGUAUUAUAGUAUGAUGGAUGUAAGUUAUCCUCCCUUAAACUUAAUAAACAAUAACGACAAUAUAUCAACGAAA